CAGUGACAAAACCAAAAACCCAUGCUUAAAUGUGAACCCAAAAGCCGAAAAACACAGUGGAUUUUGUUCUUCUCAGCCAAAAAAGUUUUUUUUUUUUCAGAGCUAUAAAAAUGGAAGCAGUGUAAACUGUAAUGGAGCCUACCAACCCGUAUAUAUCGUCAGAUCCGUCCUUUCGGGUCCCCAUUUUUGCCCUUUCUUCAGUACUUCACUGCUUCUGCUUCUUCUUCUGCUUCACCAUCUUUUUGAAAAACAAUCAAUAAUUAAAACCCAUAGACAAAGACACUGAAAGUGGAAAAAAAAGCCCUUGUUUUAGAUUUGAACUAUAUUUUCAAGAGACAAGGGAGAGAGAAAAAAAGGGGUCCAUUUUUAUUGGACAAAGGAAACAAACAAAUGUGUUUUUUUAAAGCUUUUGGAUCACUAUGUUGGGUUCAUAUAAUUUCUUUGAAAUUUACUGAGUUAAAUUUGGUUUUGGGGGGGCAUUGAUGAAAACCUUUACUUUGUUUAGUAUGCUUUUGAAAAUGGGUCUUUAUCAAAUCUAACUUUUAAUAGUAAAAGCUUAGCUAGCUUCAUUGUUUUCAUUCUCUACCUUGAUUGCAAUACUUCUGUCGAAGUUAAAUUUGGUUUUUUUGAUUGGUUUGGCACCCAUAGUUUGAAGCCAAGUAAGUUCCUCAGAUCUGAAUUACCGUGGAAAUGUUAUUUUAUUCUACUAAAUUCAGAAGUGGGUCUUUGUAUCUAAAUUUUCCUUGUAUAUUUAAUAGUUUCUUUAGAUCUGUAAGGGUCUUGAGAUUAUGCUUCACUCAUUGCCCUUUUGGUUCUUUAAUCUUUCAAAAUUUCAAAACUUGGGGUCCUCUUUGUUCUUUAUGUGUUGUACACUUGUAUUUAGCUUUCAUGACUUUAGGUAUAUGAUUAUUGUAAGACUUUAGGUUAUAUUGCAUAUAUUGCAUAUAUUUCGCUUCUUUUUAUUUCUUCUCCAUCACACAUUGCUGGUUGAUUUUUUUUGUUCUUAGUGUUCCAAAUAAUUGAAUCGUUUGGAAAUAUAUGAAUUUUUUUCUGCAAUUGUUAUUUCAAGUUUUUUCUUUCUUUCUUUUUUAGCAUUGAUGUUUCUCAACUAAAACAUUACUGGUAUGGAUUUAUAGCAUUAAAUUGUGUAUAAAUUAAAUUUAAAAUUGCAGGUCUUCCUAUGGUAAUACCCUUUUUUUGCUAAUGAUUAAUUUCAUUCCUUUUUAUCUCAGAGUGGCUUCUUAUACCUUGAUUAUAUUCAUGGGAUUUACCUAAUGGAGAUGGGAAGUACCUUGAAUAUGGAUUUCCAAGAAGAUAGCGGCACGUUGGGGUCGCUACCAGUGACAACCUCUAGAAAUAUGUCAUCAUCAUCGUCGGCAUUCUUUUCUGCGAACCAAUCACCGUUCUUCUCUCCUAGAUCAUCAACCUGUCAGUUUUCAGAAUCAACAAGGUCUGAUGCUCAAUGUGAUAGUGCUACUUUAAGUGCUGAUCCUCCAAGUUCCUGUUCCGGAAUUCAGGGAACUGAAUGCCUCGGAAAUGCUCGGUUUGAUUUGCCAGAUAUGAAAUUGGAACCUACUGCUUGUAUUUCAAGUGACUUCCGGAAGUCCGACCAUGUUGUCUCCAAUGGCACCUUAUCUAGUUAUGGUCAUGUAGGUGACAACGGUUACUAUGACCUUAUAGCAAAGCACAGAAAGCAAAUGAGAAGCCACGACAUGUCAUUUUCCCCGGUUCCGAUAUCAUUAUCUUCUAACAGAAAUAGAAGCUAUGACAUUUACAUAGGUUUGCAUGGUCGAAAACCUUCCUUACAAAGAUUUGCAAAUUGGCUCCGUGCUGAGCUGGAACUUCAAGGGAUGAGUUGUUUUGUAUCUGAUAGAGCUCGGUUUAGGAGUUCUCGUAAGCUUGGACUUAUGGAGAAGGCAAUGGAUGUUUCUUCCUUCGGGGUUGUAAUUUUAACGAGGAAGUCUUUCAAGAAUCCAUAUACUAUUGAGGAGCUUAGGUUUUUUUCAAGCAAGAAAAAUUUGGUGCCAAUCUAUUUUGAUUUGAGUCCCGGUGAUUGUCUCGUCCGGGAUAUAGUUGAGAAGAGGGGAGAGCUGUGGGAAAAACACGGGGGUGAAUUAUGGUUUUUGUAUGGAGGGUUGGAGAAGGAAUGGAAGGAAGCUGUUAAUGGCCUCUUUCGAGUCGAUGAAUGGAAAUUGGAAGCUCAAGACGGUAGUUGGAGAGACUGCAUAUCACGAGCUGUUUCACUUUUGGCAAUGCGGUUAGGAAGACGAAGUGUUGUAGAGCAAAUGAUGAGGUGGAGAGAAAAGGUAGAAAAAGAGGAGUUUCCAUUUCCUCGAAAUGAGAACUUUGUUGGCAGGAAGAAAGAAUUGUCUGAGCUAGAGUUUAUACUUUUUGGUGACAUUAGUGGAGAAACGGAAAGAGAUUAUUUUGAGCUCAAAGCUCGAUCUAAGAGAAAGAAUUUGAUGAUUGGCUGGAGCAAGAGCAGUUCAGUAGAGGAAAGACUCGGGAAACGACAGUGGGGGAGUGGCAGUAGGAAGGGUAAAGAACCAGUCAUUUGGAAAGAGUCGGAAAAGGAGAUUGAGAUGCAAAGCACUGAAAGGCAACAGAAUCAAAGACCUAAAGGUGGUGGAUGGACUUCACGGAGAAAGAAAUCAGCAAAAAUUGUAUACGGAAAGGGCAUUGCCUGCGUAACUGGGGACUCCGGAAUAGGGAAGACAGAGCUUCUUCUGGAAUUUGCCUACAGAUAUCACCAGAGGUAUAAGAUGGUUCUAUGGAUAGGAGGGGAAAGCCGGUAUAUUAGGCAGAAUUAUCUAAAUCUCCGAUCUCUUUUAGAGGUUGAUGUUAGGGUCGAAAAUUGCAUAGACAAAAGCAAGAUGAAAAGCUUUGAUGAGCAGGAAGAGGCUGCCAUUUCUAGAAUCCGGAAAGAGCUAAUGAGAAACAUACCUUUUCUGGUAGUGAUUGAUAAUUUAGAGAGUGAAAAGGAUUGGUGGGAUCAAAAGCUCAUAAUGGAUCUUCUUCCUCGUUUUGGAGGAGAGACCCACAUUGUGAUAUCCACUCGGCUUCCACGUGUGAUGAAUCUGGAACCUUUAAAACUCUCAUACUUGUCUGCAGUAGAGGCUAUGUCGUUAAUGCAGGUAAGUGCAAAAGAGUACCCUAUUGCAGAGAUUGAUGUGCUGAGGACUAUUGAGGAGAAAGUUGGAAGGCUGACUUUGGGCCUUGCAAUUGUAGGCGCCAUUCUAUCUGAGCUACCGAUAAAUCCGAGCCGGCUACUGGAUACUAUCAAUCGUAUGCCCUUGAGAGACAUUUCAUUGAGUGGUAGGGAGGCUCACUCGUUGAGGAAAAACACUUUCCUUCUCCAACUCUUUGAGGUAUGUUUUUCCAUAUUUGAUCAUGCCGUUGGACUAAGGAGCUUAGCGACAAGAAUGGUCCUGGUGAGUGGUUGGUUUGCUCCUGCUGCCAUUCCAGUUUCCCUGUUAGCCCUAGCUGCUCGCAAGAUACCCGAGAAACAUAAAAGAACCUGUUUUUGGAGAAAAGUAUUGCGUUCCCUGACAUGUGGUUUUUCUUCAUCAUACUCCAAGAGAUCCGAAACAGAAGCAUCUUCCAUGUUGCUGAGAUUCAACAUUGCACGAAGUAGUACCAAGGAAGGUUAUGUCCAUUUCAAUGAGCUCAUCAAGGUUUAUGCUCGGAAGAGAGGAGUUACUGGUGUUGCACAUGCCAUGGUUCAAGCUAUUGUUAGUCGUGGAUCUCUAUCCCUCCACUCGGAACAUAUAUGGGCAGCAUGUUUCUUGCUAUUUGGAUUUGGUAAUGAUCCGAUAGUUGUUGAACUCAGGGUCUCGGAACUGUUAUACCUUGUCAAAGAAGUGAUUUUGCCUCUUGCAAUUCGGACAUUCAUCACAUUCUCUAGAUGCAGACCUGCUCUUGAACUGCUCCAGCUAUGCACCAAUGCGUUGGAGGUAGCAGACCAGGCAUUUGUUACCCCAGUCGAGAAGUGGUUCGACAAAUCACUUUGUUGGAGGCCUAUCAAAACUAAUGCUCAAUUGAAUCCUUGUCUUUGGCAGGACUUGGCAUUAUCAAGAGCCACUGUGCUCGAAACUAGGGCCAAGUUACUGCUAAGGGGGGGGCAAUUUGACAUAGGAGAUGACCUAAUUAGGAAAGCUAUUUUUAUUAGAACUUCAAUCUGUGGUGAGGAUCAUCCAGAUACUGUAUCUGCUCGUGAAACUCUAAGUAAACUCACCCGGCUUCUAGCAAAUGUUCAAACUCAUACUUAACCAUAGGUUCUAUGUUUCUUGUUAGCAAAUUUUACAUUAGUUUAUACAAGGUUUACAAAUAAAAGUCCUGUAAACAAUUCUGAGAAUUUUUAUACCAUUUUAACUUUGAAUGAUAUGCCCUAAAGUACUGAAUUUACACAAUGUUGCAA